AUGGAAGCCUGCGAAGACCGAUACGUCCAUUACCUUUCCCAGUACCUUGCACCACGAGCCAUGUCAAUAGAGGAAAUCCAACAGGCCUCUAUCAACGAUCCAGAACUGGCACAGAUACGAACCUGUUUACAAACAAACCAGUUAUACAAGAUUCCACCACCCUACCAAUCAGUCGUGGAUGAACUCUGUGUCACUAACCAAAACAUCCUUCUUCGUGGGAACAAAAUCGUCCUUCCAGCCGACCUCCGACAAAAAGCCAUAUCCUUAGCUCACGAAGACCACGCAGGGAUCACAAAGUGCAAACAACGCAUCCGAGCAAAACUGUGGUGGCCGCAGAUGGACAAGCACGUCGAAGCUCACGUCAAAUGUUGUCAUCCCUGUCAAUUGGUAGCACAACCACCACGCCCUGAACCAAUGCGUCCAACAGAGCUACCCAAAGAACCCUGGACCGAGUUAGCAAUCGACAUCUGUGGACCAUUCCCGACUGGUGAGUACAUUGUUGUUCUCACAGACUACUACUCCAGAUGGCCCGAAGCCAAGAACCUCAAAACCGUUACCUCCGCUACAAUUCUGAAGUGGCUCAAUUCCAUCUUCGCCCAACAUGGCUAUCCCACAGUCCUGAAGUCGGACAACGCCUCCUACUUUACCUCUACACAAUUCAAAACGACCCUACAGUCCUGGGGAGUCCAGCACAAAACCGUGACCGAAUACUGGCCACAGGCAAAUGGUCAAGUUGAACGAUUCAACGAAGUCAUCAAGAAACAUGUCCUCACAGCACAAGCAGAGCAAAAGGACUGGAGAGAAUCACUACCAAACCUACUUCUCCACUAUCGAACCACACCCCACCGAAUCACUGGACAGACCCCAGCAAAACUACUCAUGAAGAGGGAACUUCGAACCAAGAUCCCAGCAAUUUCCACGGUGGACCAACCAACAGAUUGGCACGAGGAAGUGCGAAGAAAAGACGAUAACGAGAAGUCCAAAGCGAAAGCAUACACCGACAAGAAACGUCAUGCAGCGGAACGAAAAUUGAUCGUAGGAGAUAAAGUUCUGGUCAAACAGAAGAGAAAAACCAAGUAUUCGACAAAGUUUUGCAAAGAUCCGAUGACAAUCACGAAGAUCAACGGAACACAGAUCGUGUUAACAGAUCUCCAUGGUAAACAGCACCGACGAAACUCUUCUCAUGUCAAGAAAUAUUGGACCACAUCAGAACCGAACAACGUAGAAGACGAGGAUUUCGUUGCAGAAUCCCAACCACCACAAAGCACCACUGAAGAAACCCCACCAGACAGCUACCCAAACAUUCCCAUCAUCCAACCAGACCCAACCCCGCUCCGCAGAUCCACACGAGAGAAAACCGUCCCAGAUCGCCUUAGAUAUUGA